CAAAAAAACCCAAGCGAAAAAAGAUACUCUCCUCCCCCACCACCUCCACCGACUCUACAGCUUCCGCCCUAGCGCGGAUGGAGGAGCCGAAGCGCGGGAGGGGGAGGCCGCCAGGAAGGGGUCGGGCUCGGGGGCGUCUCGGCGACCAGUCUUUCGCGCCGCCGGCGGCGAGGCCCGGGGAGGAAAGCCGCGGCGGGGUCGCGGCGGGGGGGAGGGCGCUGCGGGUGAGGAGGCCGGCGCCCGGCGCGUACUUUGAGCGCGAAGCUGAUACUGACAGCGAUGAUGAGUAUGGUGAGCAGAAUGACGAUGAUGCUGAAAAACCAAAUAAUCAAGUUGCAGAGCCUCUUGAUGAGCCCAAGAAUAGUAUUGCACGGAAGAAGAGGGGAAGGUCAAAGAAAAUGAAAGCAGAGGAUGGCAAUAACGGACUCUCCGACGGGAAAAACCUUGACACAAACAAUGGGCCUUCAAAAGAAUUGAAGCAAAGAGCUGCAGGGAGGAAGUUUAACAAAAAAAUGUUGAAGAACAUAGAGGAAGAAGAGAAUAAGGCCACAUCCUCUGAGGAUAAAAUUUGUGAUGCAAAUUACAAGAAAGGGAAGAAGAUGCUCACUGGGGAAAAUGCUUUGAUGUGCCACCAAUGCCAGAGAAAUGACAAAGGGAGAGUGAUUUGGUGUAAAUCAUGCAAGAAUAAGCGCUUCUGUGAGCCAUGCAUAAAACGAUGGUAUCCAAGUUUGUCAAAAGUUGAUUUUGCUGCAAAAUGCCCGUAUUGUAGAAAGAAUUGUAAUUGCAAGGCAUGCCUAAGAAUGAUAAGAGUUGAAAAGCCUCCUGAAAAGAAUAUCUCCGAGGAAAAUCAAAGGUGUUAUGCUUUUCGUAUUGCAUACUUGUUGCUUCCUUGGUUGAAAGAACUACAACAGGAGCAGAUGAAGGAGAAGGAAUUUGAGUGCAAAUUACAAGGUGUUUCUGUGGAUGAAGUAAAGUUGGAACAAGCUGAUUGUGACAUAGAUGAGCGUGUUUAUUGUAAUAGGUGCAAAACUUCUUUAGUUGAUUUUCAUAGAAGCUGCAAAGCUUGUUCGUAUGACCUGUGUCUUGCAUGCUGCUGGGAGCUUCGCAAAGGGGAGAUUCCUGGAGGAGAAGACGUAAAGAUUGUGCACUGGGAAGAUAGAGGGAUUAAGUAUGUUUUUGGUGAUAUUCCCAAGUCAAAGGAUGAGGAUGGAAAUAAAAGGGUCUCUUCAAGGAGACACAUGGAGACCCCAAGUGCUGAAUCUUUCAAUAACCUGGAUGUUGCCAUGGACCAAAAUAACCCUCUGCUACUGUGGAAAGCUAAUAGUGAUGGCAGUAUACCUUGUCCACCAAAGGAAAUAGGAGGCUGUGGUGCUUCAUCUUUGGAACUCAAAUGCUUGCUACCAGAAAAUAUGCUUUCUGAGUUAGAAUACAGAGGUAACAAAAUUAUUAAGAGAAAAUCAUUUGCAAAGGCAAUAAACACAAGAAGUAAUCAUUGCCCUUGCUUUGAUCAUUCAAGCAAGAUAAGAACAGAGGCUAUUCGAAAAGCAGCCAAUAGAAAGGGUUCAAGUGAUAACUACCUAUACUGUCCAGAUGCUACUGACAUCCGGGAGGAUGACCUGUUGCACUUUCAGAUGCAUUGGUCAAAAGGUGAACCAGUUAUUGUCUCUGAUGCUCUUCAGUUAACAUCUGGGCUGAGUUGGGAGCCAUUGGUUAUGUGGCGAGCAUUGCGAGAAAAGAAAACCAAUGGUGAUGUUGAAGAUGAGCACUUUGCUGUUACCGCGGUGGAUUGCCUUGAUUGGAAUGAGGUGGAAAUUAACAUACACAUGUUCUUUAUGGGGUAUAUGAGAGGUAGAAUGCAUUCGAGGAACCAUUGGCCUGAGAUGCUUAAGCUAAAAGAUUGGCCACCAUCUAGUUUGUUUGACCAGAGAUUACCUCGCCAUGGUGCUGAAUUUAUCACUGCAUUGCCAUUUCCUGAGUAUACAGAUCCACGAUAUGGCCCACUAAAUCUUGCUGUCAGGCUUCCUGCUGGUGUACUGAAGCCUGAUCUUGGGCCAAAAACUUAUAUUGCUUAUGGACAUUAUGAAGAGUUAGGCAGGGGUGACUCUGUGACCAAACUUCACUGUGACAUGUCUGAUGCGGUAAAUAUCUUGAUGCACACAGCUGACGUGUCGUAUGAAACUGAACAGCUUCAAAAGAUUGCAGAAACCAAAAAGAAAAUGAGAGAACAAGAUCUUCAUGAACGUGGGGUUUUAGAAUCAGACACCAUGCACAGGCAAUCAUCUCUGGUUGAAUCCAAGGGUAAAGCUGUUGAUAAAUCAUCGAAAAUCUCAUGUAACAUGGAAACCAAACACAUCUCUAAACAAAGUACUGAGGGUUUGGACAUUAAUGCUUUACCUUCUGAUGAUUCUGGAAGUGAUGUUGGGCAAAGUGAAUUAGCACAAUGUUCAAAACAUAAUAAUGAGGUUAAAAAUAGUUCUAGCAAGAUGCAUGGUGGAGCUCAUUGUACUUUGGACAACCAAGGAUACAUUGAUAGGAGUGGAUGCCUACACAAAGAUUCGGACUGUUCAGACCAACAGAAAACUGGUGGCGCUUUGUGGGAUAUUUUUCGAAGAGAGGAUUCUGAGAAGUUACAAGAUUAUCUUUGCAAGCAUGCCUCAGAAUUUCGGCACAUACACUGUGAUCCAGUGAAACAGGUUUAUCACCCAAUUCAUGACCAGACUUUCUAUUUGACCGCAGAGCAUAAAAGAAAGCUCAAGAAAGAAUACGGUAUUGAACCUUGGACAUUCGAGCAGAAGCUAGGUGAAGCUGUUUUCAUUCCUGCUGGGUGUCCACACCAAGUGAGAAAUUUAAAGUCUUGCAUCAAGGUUGCUCUAGACUUUGUUUCCCCUGAAAAUGUCAGUGAAUGUGUUAAGCUGACUGGAGAGUUUAGACGUCUUCCAUCUCAUCACAGGGCUAAAGAAGAUAAACUAGAGAUCAAGAAGAUUGCUCUUAAUGCUCUUAAAGAAGUUGUAAACUUCUUGGAUCCUUUAUCAGAAGGGUCAAAGAACAUGGAUGACCAGCCAAACAUUGAAGUGGCAGAUGUGAACAAACGUAAAAGGCAAUACGGUAAGCGAGGAGGUGACCGGAUGACUGGGGAAGACCAACCCAACGAUGAAACAAUAGAAGAGAGGAAGCCUAAAAGGCGGGGGAGACCAUCCAAAAGGUGAUCUGAGGACUGAAGAAUCCUAGAAAGCAAGGUGGCCUCCGAAGAGGCUCCAGUAGGUGAUUUACUAUUUGUAUUUAUGACUGUAUGGAAGGCCUAGCAUUCAUGCUUUUUGAUCACUCAAAAGGCUCUAAGGAUGUGACUGCUAUCGUUUUGAAACAAACUAGGUUUCGGCGGGUCAAGCAUCACCUCAGACAUCGCCAUGGUGUCUAUUUUGUUCAUAUGUGGUGAUUGCUGUCACUAAAAUGAUGUAUUUUGUUGCCUAUAUUAUGGCAAUCGACUUGGAUUAGCUUUGGUAAAUUUCAAUAUGUAAUCGCCGUGCAAGUUUGCUAUGGCGGUUGCAUUUGUUAGGUCCAUUUCAAUCUGCGACAUUCCUACCUGAGUCAUGGCCCACGCUGAUGCUUAUUCAUGUUGACCUGCCCGUGAUUUUGAGGUAAAGUUUGCUACAGGGCACUCAAUAAUGUGUUAUGGGAGGACACAAAU